AUGGCCAUCAUCCCCAACUCUGUGGCCAUGACGGGCGGCAUCACGUUCAUCGUCGACCAUACCACUGGCUUCAACAGCUUCACCGCCACGGCCAUGGAGGAGGCGCAGAUCCGAUCUGCACCGAUCGCUUCUUCAUUGACGUCGGUCACGCCUCCAACCACGCUGCCUCCGACCACUCCAGCAACCUGGGCCCCACCUGUCGGGGUCGUCCCCUAUCUCCCGCCGUCGCCACCGUCGCACCGCCUCUUCCACCACCACCACCGCACACCGCACCAGCCCCUUCCUCUUUCACCACCGCCACCGCGGCCGUCCCUUCCCCUUCCAUCACCACCACCGCGGUCGCCCCCUUCCCCGUCCGGUGCAGCGCACCACCGCGCCCCCACCACAGCCGCCGCCACGUCGACGAUGCGCAGGGAGAGAGAGAGAGAGAGGAGGAGGAGGAGGAGAGGCUCACCGCGGGGCGGCGUCGGCGUUGAGGGCGGAGGAGAGGCUCACCGCGGGACGCACGGCGUCAAGAACAGCAGCAACGACGUCGAUGGCGGCUACGGCGGCAGUGGAAAAUUUCGGCAGCCUGUCGCCUUAGUUUGA